AUGGCUAGACGAGGUCUUAUCAGUCUCUUUGUGAUCUUUCUUCUUGCUGCUGAGAUUUUGGCUGAUGAGCCAACAUACAACGUCAUAAACUUUGGAGCCAAAGGAGAUGGCAACACAGAUGACACUCAAGUUGAUGGAAAUCUUAAAAGAACAAAUGAAAUAUGGAAAGAAAACUUGAAUAGCUGGCUUCUUUUCAUUCGAAUCAACGGCCUAAACAUCUACGGCUCCGGCGAGCUCGAUGGCCAAGGGACAAACUGGUGGUCAUGCAAAGAGAAAAAUCAAUGUUCAAUGGAAGCUGCCAAUAGUCUGGAGCUGCUGAGUUGCACAAAUGUACAGAUAUCGGGGUUGAAGCUGAUCAACAGCCCCAUGAUGCAUAUAUCGGUUGGGCGAAGCGCCAAUGUCGACAUCAGAGGGAUCACCAUCUCCUCCCCCGGCGACAGCCCCAACACCGACGGCAUCCACAUCCAGAAAAGCCAACAUGUCAUGGUAACAAACUCCGUAAUUGGCACAGGAGAUGAUUGUGUGUCGAUGAGUGAUGGUGUUGUGGAUGUUUCUGUCAACAAUGUAGCAUGUGGUCCUGGCCAUGGAAUAAGUAUUGGGAGCUUGGGCAUAGCUGGGACCGUGGCAACAGCAUCGGACAUCUACGUUUCCAACUGCAACUUGUCCCAAACGACCAAUGGAGUCAGGAUCAAAACAUGGCAGGGAGGGUCUGGCUUUGCGAGGAACAUAUCAUUUGUGAAUAUUAACAUGAAUGAAGUGCGUAACCCCAUAAUUAUAGAUCAGUACUACUGCCCUCACAGCAGCUGUGCAUCAAAGACAACAGCAGUCCAAGUGAGCGAUGUGAAAUAUCUCUAUGUGACAGGAACCUCAACGAGUAGUGUAGCAAUUGCUCUGAAUUGCAGCCAAACUGUGCCUUGCACCGGCAUCACCAUGGACAAUGUUAAUUUGUGGUCUGCAAAUCAAGGACAGCAGGUGCAGUCUAACUGCAUCGACGCCAAAGGAUCCGUAAAAGAUAAAGUCUCGCCUGCUGUCCCUUGCUUGACUCAAUGA